CGCCGGUGGAGGAAGAGGCAUGUCACGGAAGAGGACGUUGUUUUGAAACGAUAUAGAUUUCUUUUAGCGUUUAUAUGAACGACCAACAAGACCAGUUUACACCAGAAGGAAAUGGUUUUAGUUCCAGAGUAGCGGUGGCUUCUAAUGAACGUUAACACAGCAAAGUAACUUGUGUACAGCUUGACCCGAGACAGGGAGUAAAUGUGUUGCUAAUUUACUGUCCCACAAAUGUCUGCGACAGCUUCUGUGCUUUUCCACAGUUCAAAUAUGACGUGUGUUAGGCGUUUAGAGUAUAAAAGGUGGUUGUUACGUCUCAGUACUUCAACAAAUGUAAAAACAUUACUUUGUAGGCAAAGCAGUCCGUUCAGUACUUCCAGCAGGUGCAGGACUAUCAUGCCAGCCUGGGUCAUUGAUAAAUAUGGAAGCAAUGAAGUUUUACGCUUCACUAAAAAUGCUAGAUUCCCCUUCUUGAGGUUCCCUAAUGAGGUCAUUGUCAAAGUGUUUGCAGCGGGACUAAACCCACUCGAUGUCAGCAUGAGAGGUGGCUAUGGUGCAGCGACACUGUCUGUGAAGAGAGACCCUCUGAACAGCAUGCAGUCGGGCAGCGAUUUCCCUCUCAUUCUGGGGAGGGACGUGUCCGGGGUCAUCAUUGAGUGCGGCAUGGAUGUGAAGUAUUUCAGAGAAAGGGAUGAGGUUUGGGCAGCUAUUCCACCGUGGAAGCAGGGCAGCUUAGCUGAGUUUGUGGUGCUUAGUGCCAAUGAGAUCUCCCACAAACCAAAGUCACUGAGCCACACUGAGGCAGCAGCCAUUCCAUAUGUGGCAACCACUGCCUGGUCAGCACUGGUCAACACUGCUGGGCUCAGUAAGGACAACUGUGGCAAGAAGCGGAUUUUGAUCCUUGGAGGUUCUGGGGGAGUGGGAACAUUUGCUAUCCAGAUGCUGAAAGCGUGGGGAGCGCAUGUGACCGUUACCUGCUCCCAGAAUGCCGAGGGGUUUGUGAGGGGGCUGGGUGCGGACCACGUGGUGGACUACACUGCUGGGCCUGUCGAGGAGCCGCUCAGUGCACUAGACAAAUUUGACGUGAUUCUAGAUAACGUUGGAGGGGACACGGAGCGCUGGGCACUGAAUCUGCUGAAGCCGUGGUGCGGCGCCAAGUAUGUCACCCUUGUGACGCCUUUCCUCCACAACACGGACAUGCUGGGUAUUGCUGAUGGCAUGAUGCAGACUGCUGCUACUGUGGCCACCAAGGCCCUCAAGCACCUUAUGAAAGGAGUUCACUACCGUUGGGGAUUCUUUGCACCAAGUGGUCCUGCACUGGAUGAAGUAACGGAGAUGGUGGAUGCAGGACAGAUCCGGCCCGUGGUGGACGAGACUUUCAGCUUUUCUCAGGUUCCUCAGGCCUUCCAGAAGCUGGAAAACGGUCACGCCCGAGGAAAGACUGUGGUCCAGGUCAUUAAAGAGGGUGAUGACCUAUAGCACUGACUCUUGGACACAAAUGAACAAUAAUAAUUUCUACACAAAUGACCAGCUCAUUAGGUCUCUGGCAAAUUUAGUUACAGCACAUAGGAAUAAACAAGGUAACUAGA